GGGCAAAGUAGUAGUAGCAUAGUAGCAUGGCAGCGGUUCUAACGUUAGCCGAAAAGGUUGAGGAUUACAAGGACAAUCUGAAAAUUGAGGCUGAAAAGUUGGUUUUGAAUGAUUUUCCAAAGAAAAUACUCGAACUAGAAGAAAUUUUACAAAGUGAUCAGUUCAAUGUCAAGAACUUGAAAACGCUUCAUGUAGACCUGAAUAUUCCCAUUCCUGAAGCUCCGUAUUCUAACCACGAACUAGAGGAGUUUCCAUCAAAAAAGAGAAAAUUUACCUAUAUUGAUAAUGACAAGUGUGGGACAAAGGUCUUUGCUCUACCCAGUGGAUCUACAGCGGCUAACAGAUUUAUCAGCGAGAUGAUAGAUGUAGUCAAGCCACGUGUUAAGGAUUUAGUAGAGGAUACCAAUAAGCUGAAAAUGUGGAUCCAGUUCAUGAUUCCUCGUAUCGAGGAUGGAAAUAACUUUGGUGUUUCUGUUCAGGAAGACACUUUAGGAGAGAUUAGAACGGUGGAAAGUGAAGGUGCUUCCUACUUUGAUCAGCUGUCUCGAUAUUACAUGACUAGAGCUAAAAUUGUCUCAAAAGUUGCCAAAUAUCCUUAUAUCGAAGAUUACAGGCGAACAGUUGAUGAACUUGAUGAAAAGGAAUACAUUGGACUGAGAUUAGUGCUAAGUGAAGUCAGAAAUCAUUAUGCUACUCUUCAUGACGUCAUCACUAAAAACAUGGAAAAAAUAAAGAGACCGAGGACAUCCAACAGUGAAGCUAUGUACUGAAUGUAGUUGGGGAAUAAAAUGAUAGGAAAGUUCUCAACA